CGGCGUUCUUUUUUAUUUUUUUUUUCGUAGUGUUGAGGAGGCUAAAUCGUAAUUCCAGUUUGGUGGUUUUCCAGGACUCCAUUCUUCUUCUGCUUUGUCUGACUGACUCAUCGCCGCUUUUCCUCCUUUCUCGGACUUAAUAAAUUUUUUUGGAUUUCCUCCUCCCCCUCCCCCCAAUCCAUCAUCCACUCUGAUUCCAUCUUCCUCUCCUCACGCCAUUCCUUUUAUUCUCCUUCCCUUUGAGUCCUCCCCUGAGUCUUGGGCGUGUGACUGAAGGCGGGACGAACGGUAGGGAUCAAUUAAGGUGAAGAGAGUGAACCACCUGUAUAUAUAAUCCAUCUUCAGUUGGAGCUCCUCGGGACCGAUUCAACUAUCCUGAGCUAGAUUUCGAGUCAAUUGGCUCUUCUGCUCUUUCUUUUCCUCCUUUUUUCCCUUCCUCUUUUUUUUCUUGUUUUUUUAUAAAAAAAAAAAAAGCGCCGUGCGCAAUGGUUCUCGCAGCUCGUUGCGGGCAGGUUACAUCCUCCCUCUUGCGUCAGCGAUGCCUCACUGAAUCCCGUCGCUCUGCCUUGGCUUUGCGCUCGUUUUCCUCCCAGACGACUGCCCAUUCCACAGCGUCUACUCUCCGAUUGCAGCAGAAGCUCCCCUCCCAAUGGCGACCGCAGCAAUUGCGAUCUUUCUCUAGCGCCCUCCGUCGGUUGGCUUCCGAGUCCGCCAACACCCCCUCCGCCGAAAGCUAUCUCGCCAGUGGAAUUAUCAAGCCUGGUGGCAACCUGGUCGAUGUGAAGAAGGUCUUGGUCAUUGGUAGUGGUGGUUUGAGCAUUGGACAGGCUGGAGAGUUCGAUUACUCCGGUUCCCAGGCUCUCAAGGCUCUCAAGGAGGCUGGUGUCCAGUCCGUCCUGAUCAACCCCAACAUUGCGACUAUCCAAACCGAUCACAAGCUCGCAGACGAGGUCUACUAUCUUCCAGUCACCCCGGAAUAUGUCACCUAUGUCAUCGAGCGCGAGCGCCCCGAUGGUAUCUUCCUGUCCUUCGGUGGUCAGACCGCCCUGAACCUCGGUGUGCAGAUGAACCGCAUGGGUACCUUUGAACGGUAUGGCGUCAGGGUUCUUGGAACCAGCAUCAAGACCCUGGAGACUAGCGAGGAUCGUGACCUUUUCGCCAAGGCCCUGAACGAGAUCAACAUCCCCAUCGCUGAAUCCAUUGCUGUCAGCACCGUCGAUGACGCGUUGAAGGCUGCUGAGCAGGUCGGCUACCCCAUCAUUGUCCGCUCCGCCUACGCCCUGGGUGGUCUGGGAUCCGGUUUCGCUGCCAACCCCGAGGAACUCAGGGACUUGUCUUCUCGCUCCUUGACCCUUUCCCCCCAGAUCUUGGUUGAGAAGUCCCUCCGGGGCUGGAAGGAGGUUGAAUACGAAGUCGUUCGUGAUGCCGCCAACAACUGUAUCACCGUUUGCAACAUGGAGAACUUCGAUCCUCUGGGUAUUCACACUGGUGACAGUAUUGUCGUCGCUCCCAGCCAGACCUUGUCCGAUGAGGAGUACCACAUGCUCCGAACCGCUGCUAUCAAGAUUGUCCGCCACCUUGGUGUCGUCGGUGAAUGUAACGUUCAGUAUGCUCUGCAGCCUGAUGGUCUUGACUACCGAGUGAUUGAGGUCAACGCCCGCCUCUCUCGUUCCUCUGCUCUGGCCUCCAAGGCCACGGGUUACCCUCUUGCCUACACGGCUGCCAAGAUUGGUCUGGGCCACACCCUCCCUGAGCUCCCCAACGCCGUCACCAAGACCACCACCGCCAACUUCGAGCCUAGCUUGGACUACAUUGUUACCAAGAUCCCCCGUUGGGAUCUGAGCAAGUUCCAGCACGUUAACCGUGACAUUGGAAGUGCUAUGAAGUCCGUGGGUGAGGUUAUGGCCAUUGGUCGUACCUUCGAGGAGUCCUUCCAGAAGGCUAUCCGUCAGGUUGACCCUCGCUUCGUUGGAUUCCAGGGUGACCACUUCGAAAACCUGGAUGAUGUUCUGAAGAACCCCACCGACCGCCGCUGGUUGGCUGUCGGCCAGGCCAUGAUUCAUGAGAACUACUCGGUGGACAAGAUUCACGAGCUGACCAAGAUUGACAAGUGGUUCCUCUACAAGCUGCAGAACAUUGUGGACUGCCACAACGAGAUCAAGGAGAUUGGUAGCCUCUUUGGUAUCAACAAGGAGAUGAUGCUCAAGGCCAAGAAGCUCGGUUUCUCUGACAAGCAAAUCUCUCUUCUCGUCGGUGCUUCUGAGGAUGAUGUUCGUGCCCGCCGGAAGGGCUUUGGCAUCAGACCCUGGGUCAAGAAGAUUGAUACCCUGGCGGCUGAGUUCCCGGCUGACACCAACUACCUCUACACCACCUACAACGCCACAUCUCACGACGUCACCUUUGAUGACCAUGGCACGAUCAUUCUCGGAAGCGGUGUGUACCGUAUUGGAAGCUCUGUCGAGUUCGAUUGGUGUGCUGUCAACGCUACCCUCUCCCUCCGGAACAUGGGCAAGAAGACUGUCAUGAUCAACUACAACCCCGAGACCUACUCCACUGACUUCGAUACUGCUGACAAGCUUUACUUCGAAGAACUCAGCUACGAGCGUGUCAUGGAUAUCUACGAACUCGAGGGUGCCAGUGGUGUGGUCGUCUCUGUCGGUGGCCAGCUGCCCCAGAACAUUGCUCUUCGUCUGCAGGAAACCGGUGGUGCUCACGUUCUGGGUACUGAUCCUCAGGACAUUGACAAGGCUGAGGACCGUCACAAGUUCUCUCAGAUCCUCGACAGCAUUGGCGUCGACCAGCCUGCCUGGAAGGAGCUUACCUCCGUUGCUGAGGCUGAGCGCUUCGCUGACGCUGUCGGCUACCCCGUCUUGGUCCGUCCCAGUUACGUCCUGUCUGGUGCUGCCAUGAGUGUGAUCCACAGUAUCGACGAGCUCAAGGAGAAGCUUCUCAACGCUAGCGCUGUCUCUCCUGACCACCCUGUCGUCAUUACCAAGUUCAUUGAGGGAGCCCAGGAGAUUGAUGUUGAUGCUGUUGCCUCGAACGGCAAGCUUCUGCUGCACGCCAUCUCUGAACACGUGGAGCCUGCUGGUGUCCACUCUGGUGACGCUACGCUUGUCCUCCCCCCUGCCUCCCUUGACAAGCCUGUUAUGAGCCGUGUCAAGGAGAUUGCCGAGAAGGUUGCCAAAGCUUGGAACAUCACCGGUCCUUUCAACAUGCAGAUCAUCAAGGCUGACCAGGAAGGUGCGGAGCCUGAACUCAAGGUCAUUGAGUGCAAUCUCCGUGCUUCUCGUUCUUUCCCCUUUGUCAGCAAGGUCCUGGGAACCAACUUCAUUGAUGUUGCCACCAAGGCCCUUGUUGGACGUGAUGUCCCUGAACCUGUUGAUCUCAUGGACGUCAAGCGUGACUACCUUGCCACCAAGGUUCCUCAAUUCAGCUGGACUCGUCUUGCUGGUGCCGAUCCUUUCCUUGGCGUUGAGAUGGCUAGUACUGGUGAAAUUGCUUGCUUCGGUAAGGAUGUGGUUGAGGCCUACUGGGCUUCUCUGCAGUCGACCAUGAACUUCCGUGUUCCUGAGGCUGGCGAGGGUAUUCUUCUCGGUGGAGAUAUCAACAACCCUGCUCUGUCCCAGAUUGUUGACUACCUCCAACCUCUUGGCUUCAAGUUCUUCGCUGCUAGUCCUGAGGUCCAGGCGCACAUUCAGUCUUCGUCCAAGGACAACGUCCCCGUCCAGGUGAUUGAGUUCCCCAAGAAGGAUAAGCGUGCCCUCCGUGAGGUCUUCCAGAAGUAUGACAUCCGUGGCUGCUUCAACCUUGCUAAGACCCGUGGCAAGACGCUGCUCGACGAGGACUACGUUAUGAGACGUAAUGCAGUCGACUUCGGUGUUCCUCUGUUCAUGGAGACCAAGACCGCUCUUCUCUUUGCCCAGGCCAUGAGCCAGAAGCUGCCCCGUCCUGACGGCAUCCCUGCUGAAGUCCGCACCUGGUCUGACUUUGUCGGUGGCAAGCUCAUGUAAAUGAAACGUCGACACCCCCCCAAACCAAAAAAAAAAGGACAAAAGUUUUAUAUUUGAUACUAUAAUCACCUGGUGUUAUAUCUGUUCCUUUUCUCUUUUCUCCAGGCACAGAAAAAUAAGCUGCCUGUUCGGCGUAGUGGAUAAGGCUCCCGGUUGAUAGACUUUUUUGCUUAGGCUGGUAUAUGGGCUCCCAGCAUCGCCUUUGAUUAGGCGGCAUGAAGCAUACGGUCAUGCGCUCUGGUGAUUCUUUAUUCCCUUCUUCUUCUUCUUCUUCUUCUUCUUCUUUUGCGAUUCGUUACUCUUGCUUAUGCGGUUGUCUGGUAUUUGUAGGCAGGCGAUGUGCUUGAGCGAGAAAAGAACCUUUGAACGGGUUAUUCUGAUGACUUAAUUAUUGGCAUGAUUUAAGUGUAUUUAUUUGUAGUAUAGUGGUUUAUAUCCAAUCUCAACUUUCGAAUCU